UCCCAGCCAAGUGCCUGUUGGUAGGAAUCCGCUUGGCCUCGGGUCUGAGGGGGCUUGGAGGUGGCUGUGGCUGCGACUGAAGCAGGCAUCCAGGAGAGUCCACAGGAAAGAAGGCGCCAUGGACGAUCAGGGCUGUCCCCGGUGUAAGACCACCAAAUACCGGAACCCUUCGUUGAAGCUGAUGGUGAAUGUGUGCGGACACACUCUGUGUGAAAGUUGCGUGGACUUACUCUUUGUGAGAGGAGCUGGAAACUGUCCUGAGUGUGGCACUCCACUUAGAAAGAGCAACUUCAGGGUACAACUCUUUGAAGAUCCUACUGUUGACAAGGAAGUUGAGAUUCGGAAAAAAGUGCUAAAGAUAUACAAUAAAAGGGAAGAAGACUUUCCUAGUCUAAGAGAAUAUAAUGAUUUCCUGGAAGAAGUGGAAGAAAUUGUUUUCAACUUGACCAACAAUGUGGAUUUGGACAACACCAAAAAGAAAAUGGAGAUAUACCAAAAGGAAAACAAAGAUGUCAUUCAGAAAAAUAAGUUAAAGCUGACUCGGGAACAGGAGGAAUUGGAAGAAGCUUUAGAGGUAGAACGACAGGAAAAUGAACAAAGAAGACUAUUUAUACAAAAAGAAGAACAACUGCAGCAGAUUCUAAAAAGGAAGAAUAAGCAGGCUUUUUUAGAUGAACUGGAGAGUUCUGAUCUCCCCGUUGCUCUACUUUUGGCUCAGCAUAAAGAUAGAUCUACCCAACUGGAAAUGCAACUUGAGAAACCUAAACCUACAAAACCAGUGACAUUUUCCACAGGCAUCAAAAUGGGUCAACAUAUUACAUUACCACCCAUUCAGAAGCUUGAAGAAGCUCUAUAUGAAUAUCAACCACUGCAAAUAGAGACUUGUGGGCCACAAGUUCCUGAGCUUGAAAUGCUAGGAAGACUUGGGUGGAGAUGCUAAGGCAUGGAGAGGUUCAGCAACCUACCAAAGGUCAAUACAUCUUAAAAGGAGAAGAGUUUGGAUUUGAACCCAAGUGGUUAAACUGCAGAGUCCAUGUUCUAGAGAUAACUGUCAAACUUAUAAACAAUAGCUGUGCAAAACCAAAUCUGAGUAGUCAAACUUCUUAAGACUUCCAGGAAAUUUUACAGAUCAAGUAUCUAGUUCUUAUAUGGGAUAUAAGUGACAUCAACUAAAUAAUGGUGUUGAUAUCCUUGAGAGAAGUCCUGAGGAAUUCAUUAUGUAGAACAUGAUUUGACUGCUAACUGCACUCCCUUUUAUGCAGACAUUAAUGGAUUGAAUACAUUUACUUGGUAAUUAGGAUGCAUUAUUAUUUAGUAUUCCUUAAUUUCUUUCAAUAAAUAUUUGAGUUAAGCUUCUCUUAGAAGUUACCUUUAGGCUGUCAGCAGGUGGUUUGGAAUAAUCAUUUCAAAAUCUAAUUAACGUGGCAGAAAACUUGUCAAAAAGUUAACAAAAUUAA